CUGCAUCACCAGUGCCUGCAGGCGUCCAGUAGGAGGGCGAGGAGUGUACCAACUUGAGCCAGUCAGGUGGCGGCGAAGUCGAAGAGGAGCAGCGCGGGUCAGCGUGGCGCCAGUGUGCCCAGAAACUCCAAAGCAAACACGUUAAGAUGCUGUGGUGUGUGGCUGUUGUAGCGGCGGUUGUUGCGGCGGCGCAGGGACAGAUCGUCAGUUAUGAAGGGAAUAUUGUGAAUGAUAACGCCCAGGCCGCGGUGGUACCCUCCCCCCCUGCCCAGUCGUUUGUGUUUGCUGCACCAGCGCCCGCUCCUGUUUCUCAGCCCCCGGUGUUUAUUCAGGCGCCCGCUUCCUUUUCUAGUUUUGUGCCGCCACCUCAACCCCAGUUUCUUACGGUGUCCACCCCAGCUGCAACCCAGUUUAGCGUUCCUCAAGGCGGUCUGCCAGUGCUGCCAGCCUCGUGUCCCAGUACUUACUCCCUGGUACACUCUACAUACCACGGCAGUUUGUAUCAUUUCUCGUGGUGUUACUCCCAACCCGGCCAACGGUUCAGCCACCAACAGGCAGCAGACUACUGUCGCAAUCUCAACCAUUUCAGCCACCCGUAUCACUUCGAGGUUCUCAGGAUUGGAGACGCCAUAGAGCUCUCAUUCAUUAACUACUUGUUGAGCUACUAUGCCCAUUCCGCAGUGUGGACCGGGGACACCAGCAGCACCGCGCCUUAUAGUAUCCGCGGCUUCAUCAACAGGUCCGGCGCAAACCAACCCGGCCACGACUGCCUCUCCGUGGAGGCCUCCCUCCUCGCCCUGCACACCGUUUGGGUGCAUGAGUCGUCCUGCUUUGACGCCAAGAUGGUCGUCUGCGAGGCGCGAUACUAACAAUGCCAGGCGCUACCAAUACGUUUAUUUAUGACGGGGAUCAAUAAAGAAGCAUUAUAAA